AAUCUCUGUUGCAGUCCGUUUUCAGAGGCGUCUACUACAAAUUGUAGUAAAUGGACAAGUUAUAUAAAAUGUUUUUCAUUCUGUGGACCUUUUUCUGCUUUUUAGUUGCUGCAAGUGAUACAUUGGAAAUUGCAAGAAACAAACCAACCAAGCAGUCAACCAAUAUGGGAAGUAUCAGACAUUCUCAAAAUGCGGUAGAUGGCGAUUACUUACAAUCGCCAAAAGGAGGAGAUUUUUGUACACAUACUGACGUAGCAGAUGAAUCAUCUUGGUGGGCAGUCGAUCUUGGUGCCAUUUAUGAAAUCAGCAAUGUGAUUAUCUUUGGCAGAAAUGACGGUUGUUGCGUUGAGAGAUUUUCGAAUUUCGACAUUGAUGUGAUUAAACCGUGCAGAAACAACAUCAAUUGGUUUGAGGACAGCGCCAACCAAUUGUGUUAUCACCAGCAAGCACCAAUAACAUUUUUGAAUGCUUCAUGUCAUACCAGAAUGUUUGGACAAUAUGUUCGCAUACGGCUCAAUGAUCCAAAUCCCUUAACACUAUGUGAAGUUGAAGUGCAUGGCACAUUUAUUAGUUAUCCACGUUCAGUUACCAUGCCUUAUACCUGUGGAUUUGAAGGUUACAGUUAUGAAGGACAUAAUUUGACCCUAAGGAGCGCUAUUGUGAAAAGUGACAUUUUUUGUACCUACUUGUGUGCCGUCAUGAAAGAAUGUCAUAUUGCAGACUUCAACAAGAAGACCUCGAAUUGCACGUUAAUGGAAAGGAAAACUGGAUCCAAUGUUGUGGCUAAUUCUCAUCACAACGUUUUUCUCAUCAAUUACACAUUGUUGUAGUCGACCCAUUUUUGUAGGUAUUUGACUGUAAAACUUAUUGCCAAGGUUUCAGACAGCUUAACUAAAGUUUUGGUGCAUUAGAUAUAUGUCACUAACUACUUAGAUAUUGAUACCUCGGAGAUAUAGAGCCUAUGAACAGCCGAGUAAUUGCUAAUAAAAUAAUUUCAAUAAAAAAAAAAUGUAUUUGCGUACGACCAUGAACUUAUCCAAAUUAAAAUCAAAUUUAAUUUCAAUUUAAAAAAAAUGUUUAAUUAGUAUAAUAACGACGUACAUGGGAAAAAUCCACAGCUCUUAGAGGUGUUUACCGAUUAUUCAUUUUCAGAACCAUUUUUUAUAUAAAAGAAAAGUAAGAAAUACGAUUGGAGCAUAAAAAUACCAAAGGGCAGACAAUGUUCAUUGAUGUUAUACCAGAAUAAAAAAAUAAAAAAUAAAUAAACAAAACACUAUAUUAUAAACUAAAAAAAGAAACAGGAACGGAAACAAGUGUUAUCUGACUAUUUAUAUGUCUAUUUAAAACUAUAUCAGACUCACAGCGGUGCUCCGGGAUGAUGUUUGUUACUAGUUUUAUCGUCUGUUUAUUCUGUGUGAAAUUUCUUUUGCAUGUCUUCUUGCUUUUUUACCCACAUGGUAAAGGGGGAAAACUAAUAGUUUGAAUAUGUA